AUGCUCUCCAAAAAGCAGCAUAAGUUGCAGGAAUCCUCAAAAAAGAAUUUUCGACCAAUAGAAACGACUGAAUCAACAUCGUUUGCACUAUACCUAGAUUCAUUAAGAUUGGCUAUUUUCUUAGAUAUAGAAGCUGGGUUAGUUCCCUUGUUUCUAUGUGCCACCAUUGGGACAACUGCAACCACAGCAGUAGAUCCACUCAGACUAUUAUGCGACGUUGCAAAUCGUUAUGGCUUAUGGGUAGACGUUGACGCUGCAUACGCUGGUAAUGCUUGUAUAUGCCCAGAGUUUCAGCAUUUUCUAGAUGGCCUAGAGGGUGCACACUCAUUCAGUUUGAAUGCACAUAAAUGGUUCUUUACCCCUUUGGAUUGUUGUUGCCUUUGGUUAAAAGAUCCCAAGGCUCUUCCAAAGUCUCUCACGACAAAUCCUGAAUUUCUUAUGACUAGUAAUUCAGAACAAGUGGUGGAAUACAAAGACUGGCAAAUAACCCUGAGCCUAAGAUUUCGAUCCAUGAAACUGUGGCUUGUGUUAAGAAGUUACGGUGUUGAUAACCUCAGAAGCUUCCUAAGAAGCCAUGUCAAAAUGGCCCAGAUUUUUGAAGAACUUGUAGUCAGUGACAAGAGAUUUGAGUUUGUGGUUCCUAGAAAUUUCGCAAUGGUGUGCUUCAGAGCUUUGCCAUUGGCAAUGGGUAACAAGGUGUAUGACAAUGGCAUGGCUCAGAAAAUCACAUAUGAUCAGCAUGAUCAGGAACGCAAUAAUCAGCUUAACCAGGAGCUGUUAAAGUCAAUUAAUGCCUCAGGCCAUGUGUAUAUGACUCACGCAGUUGUUGGUGGACUCUACAUUAUAAGAUUCGCUGUUGGGGCAACCCUUACAGAGGAUCGGCAUGUGUUCACGGCUUGGAAGGUGGUGCAAGAGCAUUUAGAUGCCAUAAUAGCCAUCUACUAA